AUGCUUCAUCUGAUUGUCGUGGGCGCUUCCGAGGUCAAUGCCACCAAGGUGGAGAAGGUGGCGAAGGAGCAGGAAGAGUUUGAGGAGUGGUGGAACAAGAAGCAUGAGUCUCAGGCGCAGCUGCCACUUCACGAAGCUCCAGCGUACACGAAAGCUGAGGUGAUGGAGAAGCUGAACAAGCUUUCGAGGGACUGGGACAAGCUCAAGAAGAUCAAGAAACCCAAGGAACCGAAGAAGCCGAAGGCGAAGAACGCCACGAAUGCCUCCGCGAAGGCGGACCCCGGGCCCAAGCUCCCCGAGACAGUGGAGGAGGUCGAGAAGGAGCUCGCCACUAUCACCGAGCAGAAGGGCGCCGCAGUCGAAGCCGAGGAUUACGACAAAGCAGAGGCGCUGAAGAAGCGGGAAAAGCUGCUGAAGACGCAUUUGGAGACAUUGAAGGAGUCUGCAGCAAGCGGUGCUGAUGCAGCAAGUGGUGCGGAAAAGAGCGAGCUCUGA